AUGACCAAAGAGUUUGAGAUGAGCAUGGUGGGAGAGUUGAAAUAUUUCCUAGGGCUACAAAUACAACAGACAGAGGAAGGUGUUUUCAUCUCGCAAAGUACCUAUGCAAAGGCACUACUGAAGAGGUUUCAACUGGAUCGCUGCAAGGAGGAAAAAACUCCAAUGAGCUCGACAAACAAAAGUUGCAAAGAUGAAGAGGGUGAACUAGAGGACACAAAGCUGUAUAGAGGGAUGAUCGGAAGCCUACUUUAUUUGACGGCUAGUCGACCAGAUCUAAGUCUAAGUGUGGGGAUAUGUGCUAGGUACCAAGCAAAGCCAAAGAAGUCUCAUCUGGAGGCUACUAAGAGAAUCAUUCGAUAUGUCGAAGACACAGUUAACCUUGGGAUCUACUACUCAAAGGGAUCAAAUGGGAUUGGGCUGGAAGUGUAG